CUCCAACCCCACCCAAUGAGUUUUGAUGGCUGGGGCUGCAGACAUCAGGACUACGCUGUAGUCUGUGGAAAUCCCAGGAGGGCGGCUGUUUAUGAGAUGCUGGACCCGCCACGUCUGGCGACAAUCACACCGCAUUGGAGACCGCUUAGAUCACGUAUCUCUGCCUUUCUAACGCUCAGCCAAACUGAAUCCCCCAAGCUCUACCACCAGACUGGUGAUCUCCGCUGCUUCGGACGUGUCGGCAGUGCGAUGGAGAGGAAGAUGGCCCCCCAGGCGUCACUGGGAUUCUGUGUGCUGGUGGCUGUCGUAAUCCAGGUAUGUUGUGCCGCCCAUAUGGACCAGAAGAACGCUGAUGUCCUGUAUCCAUGGAAGGGGUACGCAGCGGGAAGGGCAGGUCAUGCCAGGAUGAAGAGGGACUGGAUCAUACCUCCCAUUCGGAUUUCAGAGAACAGCAAGCAAGUCCCAGAGAAAAUAGUUCAGAUCAAAUCAGACAAAGUUUACACCGGCAAGGUCAUAUACAAGCUGGAAGGUCCGGGCGUGGAUCAAGAUCCCAAAGACUUCUUUGAAAUCGAAGAUACCACUGGAUGGAUCAAGAGUAAGAAGCAGCUGGACAGAGAGAAGUACAGCCGUUUCAAUCUUAAGGCCUUUGCCCUGUCGCCCAGCGGGGAGCGAAUAGAAAACCCGUCCACCAUAGAGAUCAUCGUGAUGGAUCAGAACGACAACAAACCGAACUUCACACAGUCUGAGUUUGUCGGCUACGUGCCUGAGUUCUCCUUACCAGGAACCGCAGUCAUCAAUGUGUCAGCGACGGACGCGGACGACCCUGAAACGGAGAAUGCAAUCCUGAGGUACUCCAUCAUCAUGCAGGAGUGUUUCCCACCUUUCAGCAUCAACAAAACCAUGUUUGGCAUCAACAACGUGACGGGGACGAUAUACAUCAGAGACGUGGGCCUGGAUCUGGCGGUUGUGAAGUUCUUCAAGCUGAAGCUCCAGGUCUCCGACAUGUCUGGAGAGGGGCUGUCGGAUUUCGCCUAUGCUACCAUAUACAUCACCGACAUCAACAACAAUGCCCCCCAGUUCCCUGUGGACCAGUAUGCCAUGACAGCCCCGGAGAACAGAGGCACGUAUGAGAUAGGCAGAGUCCAAGCCAAGGACAACGACGAGCCGGGCACGCCCAACUGGAAGACCGUGUACUCCAUCAUCAAAGGGGACCCCUCUGGUCACUUUGCUGUCCACACGGACCCUGAAACCAAUGAGGGUGUAUUGUAUGUGGUGAAGCCGCUGGAUUACGAGGUAACCAAGCAGCACCGUCUGGUUCUGACGGCCCAAAAUGAGGCCCCGCUCAGCCACAAAGCCCCCAGGCUGCCUGUCAGCAGCAGCACAGUGACCGUCACUGUGCUCAAUGAAAACGAGGCUCCGCGCUUCAUCGACAGUCCCAUCCGACUGGAAGUACCUGAGUCCGUGGUGGCCGGCACGGUGCUGACCGUCGCCAAGGCUUACGACCCAGAGGGCGACGGGGUCAGGUUUUACAUGGAAUAUGAUCCUGAGAAGUGGCUCAGGAUAGACCCAGUGAGUGGAGAGAUCGUGGCCAGAAAGACCUUCGACCCACGCUCCGCCAGCGUCAAACACGGCAUCUAUCACGCUGUCAUCAAAGCCUCAGACACAGAUGGGGGGGGCUCGUCCACCACGGCCACUGUGGAGAUAAAGCUGAGGCAGACCAACGACUUCCCCCCUCAGCUGGUUCCCCCAGCGAGCAGGGACGUGUGCAUUGGCCGUGAGGCCCGCUCGGGCCUCUUCCUGAGUGCCCUGGAUUUGGACAUGCCCCCUCACGCCGAACCCUUCUCAUUCAAGCUGCUGGAUCACUCUGCCACUAACUGGACCAUUCAGAGGGUGAAUGACACCCACUCCUGGAUCUUCCCUCAUUCAGAGGUGGACCCUGGUCUGUACUACAUUCCCAUCCGCGUGUCAGACAUUGGAGGACUCUCCACACUGUCCAUGCUCAACGUGACGGUGUGCAGAUGUGACGUCUCUGGGAUCUGCAACCCAGCAGCUGCAGCGUUCUUUGCCCCCCAUGUAGGGAUCAGCAUCACCGCCCUGCUGGUUAUCAUCGGCAGUAUUAUUCUGCUACUCUUAAUGCUGCUCCUUGUGGUGGCAGUGGGGAACUGCAGAUUGCGUCCCAUAAAAAAAGGCAGUAUUCUAAAAGGCGUGUCCGACGAUGACAUUCGCGACAAUGUCCUGAACUACAACGAGCAGGGCGGCGGAGAGGAGGACGAGAAUGCUUACAACAUUGAGCAGCUGAGAAACCCCAGCAAGCUGGUGCCGCCCUUUCCAGGGAGGGGCUCAGCAGCAGCGCCCGGCACCUUCUUCCCCCCAGCAGGCUCUGGUUUCCCCAGUGGGCGGCAGCCGCUCAGGAAGGACGCCCCUCACGAUUUUCCCUCCCCUGUGUAUCCGCGGAAACCACCGGCAGACCCCGCUGACAUUGAGGACUUCAUCAAUGACGGCCUGGAUGCUGCAGACAAAGACCCCAACAUUCCCCCUUACGACACGGUGCUGAUCUACGAUUACGAAGGCGACGGCUCCGUCGCAGGCAGCCUGAGCACCAUCGCCUCUGGGAGCUCUGACGAGGACCAGGACUAUGACUACCUCAGUGACUGGGGGCCCCGCUUCAAGAAACUGGCUAACCUGUACGACCCACACUAAGACCCUGUCCUCUGUCCGCUAUAGUGUUGGACUGGAACCUGACACUCGUCUGUAGUCAUGUGACCUGGCUGAAUUCACAGCCGAACUGACGGCAUAAACCCUUGCCCUUCGCUGAGGGAUCCACUGCUUUUAUCAGGAGACCUGAGCAUGCUGGGAAUGACUCCUGUGUGACAAUCCUCGUCAUUGUGGGCUCUCUUUGUAACAGAAUCGCAGCAACUGUAAUGCCAAGUUGCCAAAAACCUGUUUUUUUCUAAGUCAUUAAAAUUCUUCCAGUAUGUUUCUCAUUAA